UUUGCCUCCUUUGCCAGACCCGGUCCUCCCCGCCUAGGCUGCUGAGCCCGUGAGUUGCUCAGGCUUCCCCCCACACGCCGCGUCGCGGAGAGUUGCUGCCGAAGCGGGGCGCUCGGCGUGCGGGGCGCCAUGGCGGGUUACGAGUACGUGAGCCCGGAGCAGCUGGCUGGCUUUGACAAGUACAAGUACAGUGCCGUAGACACCAACCCACUAUCUCUGUAUGUCAUGCAUCCGUUUUGGAACACUAUAGUAAAGGCAUUUCCUACUUGGCUGGCUCCAAAUCUGAUCACCUUUUCUGGUUUUCUGCUGGUUGUAUUCAAUUUCCUACUUUUAGCAUACUUCGAUCCUGACUUUUAUGCUUCAGCACCAGGCCACAAACACGUCCCUGAUUGGGUGUGGAUUCUAGUGGGAAUUCUCAACUUCACCGCCUACACACUAGAUGGUGUGGACGGCAAGCAAGCCCGGAGGACCAGUUCCAGCACCCCUCUAGGGGAGCUGUUUGAUCAUGGCCUGGACAGCUGGUCAUGUGUUUACUUUGUGGUCACGGUGUAUUCCAUCUUUGGACGAGGCUCGUCUGGUGUCAGUGUUCUCGUGCUCUAUUUCCUGCUCUGGGUCGUUUUGUUCUCUUUCAUCCUGUCCCACUGGGAAAAGUAUAACACAGGAAUUCUUUUCCUGCCUUGGGGAUAUGACAUUAGCCAGGUGACUAUUUCUCUUGUCUACAUAGUGACGGCGGUUGUGGGAGUUGAGGCCUGGUAUGAACCUUUCCUGUUUAAUUUCUUAUAUAGAGACCUAUUCACUACAAUGAUUAUUGGUUGUGCGUUAUGUGUGACUCUUCCAAUGAGUCUGUCCAAUUUUUUCAGAAGCUAUAAAAAUAACACCUUGAAACAUGGUUCGUUCUAUGAAGCUAUGGUUCCCUUCUUCUCUCCAUGUUUGCUAUUCGUUUUGUCUACAGCGUGGAUCUUCUGGUCACCAUCAGAUAUUUUAGAGCGACAUCCUAGAAUAUUCUACUUCAUGGUUGGAACAGGCUUUGCCAAUAGCACAUGUAAGCUGAUUGUCUGUCAGAUGAGCUCGACGCGCUGUCCCACAUUGAAUUGGUUGCUGCUUCCUCUUUUCUUGGUCGUCACAGCGGUCCACAUAGGGGUCUCGUCCGAAACCGAGAGCCUCCUGCUGUACAUGCUGACAGCCACCUUCACCCUGGCCCACGUCCACUAUGGAGUGCGAGUGGUAAAUCAGCUGAGCAACCAUUUUCAUAUUUACCCCUUCUCGUUGAAGAAGCCAAACUCAGAUUGACUAGAAAUGGAAGAAAAGAAUAUUGGCCUGUAAUCUGCAGAAAGAAGUACUGUAAAUAAGAGGGUUGUAAAUAUUUCCUCCAUCACCAUCGAACUCGAAAUGCAUCUGCUCGACAGACGUGGGAACUCGGCAUGUGUGGUACCUGGCCAGCAGGAAUGAUAAAGUUGAUAGAUCACACGGAAUCUUGGGCCUUCUCACUUCCAGCUGACGUUACUUUUUGUAAAACCACGUGACAAUUUAGUUAAGUAUAAUUUAGGCCGGCAAAGUGUUCCGAGUGAUUUUAGCUUGAAUCCAGAAUGUUUUGGUUGAUAGAGGGGUAAAGAUGCUUUUAAGAAACUUUUUUUUGGUUAAUCCACAAAUUGGUUUACUAAGAUUGGUACUCUUCAGAAAACCGCAGUAUGUUUUCACAUUUGGUACUUGGUGGCAGGCCUUCAGCCGUGAAAGCUUUCAGGAUCCCAAAUCCAGUAUCGGGAAAAGAGGGAGUUACCUUCAGCCAGAGAUGCCAAAUGACAUGGAACAAUGUUCAGUUGCCAAAUACUGAUUUCUCUUUCCCAUGGAAAUGCCUUUUGUCCUCCUGUGUUAAGAGAGCUAAUAGAUCUCUGGUACCCUGGCUCUCUUUGUUAUGGAAAAGUUCUUGAUAAAUAGCUUAAUUUAAAAAAAGUCUCUUGAGACUUAGUAGAGAAUGGACUAUCCUUGUAGCUCACCCACUGGCAUGUUCAUUGUUUAAAUCGGCAUUUCCCCCCUCAGCUGCGGGUCACUGAGAUUUGGUGCCUGUGAACUCUCCUUACCCGAAUGCAUGGACUCCUUCCUCCCUGUCUUGCAGUGAUUCCUCGUACAAGACACAUAGAAGCCUCCUUAGAAUCAAAUUUAAUGCAGUUAGGAAUCUCAUGACUAACUAUGAAAUUACGACCAUGAGCCUCACUACAAAAUUAGUUUUCUGGUUCAAGUUGCCCCUUCCUCCCUCCUCUCUUUUUGUGCAGGAGAUGUUGUUUUUACUUUAUACAGGAUAAAGACGUCAGAAGAAAUCCUCUCUCACAGCUUUCCCACUCGGGAGCGUUUCCGCUAACUCUGCCUUACUCACUGGGGUGCCCUUUAAUAUGACCGGCAGUAACUCCUGAGGUUUACUGACAUACAAUUUCCUUUGACUUUAAUGUGAUUGUUUUAUAGAUUGUACCUUUUUCACGAGUGUGGAUAUUUUCUAUUAUUUUCUAUCUCUUUUUUAUCUUUAGUUUGGUGGUAGAAAAUUUAACAUGCCGGUUUCCUUUUUAUUUUCCACUGAAUGAAGUUUGUGCUUGAAUGAAGAGUGUAUCUUAAACCCUUUAUUUUGUGUUUUUGGACGGAUUGCACUUGGAUAUAAUAGGCACCAUUCUGUUGAUAAUGUAAUUAAAUUCAUAAUCAUUAUUUAAUCUAUGACUAUUGUUAACUUUAAUUAUAAUGUAUUCCUUGAAUUUCCAUGUGCUGCUUUGUAAAAAUAACUGUAAUUGAUACUUCAGGUUUUUUUGUUUUUGUCUUUUUUUCACUUGUACAUUCUAAUCAUUGUCAUUCAGGUUAUUGGAAAUGAGUCAAGGAACUAACUCAUGAUUCUGUAUUCAUUUUAAAAAAUUGCUCAUAAAGUUGAGGUGACUUUCUGAAAACAAAAGUGACCAUUGGAAUUAAGUGAGAAAUUGAUACAGAAAAACUGGGUAAUGAUUUUUUGUUUAUUAAUCAGUUGCCAUGUUGACAGUCUGAGAAUGAAACAGUUAAUUGAAGGUAACUAUUUUUUGUUUGUGUACCUGUUCUUAUUACCUAUAAAAUUGAGUUGGAUAAAGUGUUAAUUUGGUAUAAGGACAAAUUUUAUUUUAAGGUUUCUAAGUGAAUAAUUUUAUUGUUUUUGUGAACCUUGUAUGCAAAAAUGAGAUUAAUCUAUGUUAUAGAAGAAAAGAAUUGAUAAAUAUUUAUAAAAUGAACUUUGGACCCCAGGCUUUCUUCAUCUUGGAAAACAGAGUUAAAAAGCAAAAAUUAUUUUUGGGUCAGAGCUUACAGUGGGUAGGACUUUGUCUUGCGUGGGGCCCACCCAGGUUUGAUCCCCUGCACCCAAUGUGGUCUUCUGAGCUCACCAGGAGGGAUCCCUGAGCCAGGAGUAAGCCCUGAGCACCCCUGGAUGGGGCCUAAUAAGCCACCCCCCAAAUACUCUUUACUGGUAUCGGGUCAUGGUCUGUAAUUCAGGGACUAUAUUACCUCAGAAUGUGUUUCUGUUCUCUUUCUGUUGCAUUAGAUUUAUCUGAAAAGUGUUUCAUGCUUCCUCAUUGUCAAUGGCUUCUUUGCUUCCAGUGAUCUUUCUUUUGGACACCUUGGAUGAAAGAAAGUUAAAGGAAAUGGAGCAGUGAACUCCGUUUGACCGUACGUGGGCUUGUGCGUGCAGAGUGCCCGUGGUGCAUGUCUUCCUCCUGGUCAUUAUGUGGUCGGGUAGUGCAUCUGACAGGGCUCUGCGGCUGCCGGGGCUCACCCACAGAGCUCUGUCAGGGAGCGACCCUAAGGUUUCCAAAGUCUGACAUGUGUCCGGCUUCCAUUUGGAAUUUGGGACUGAGUCUGUAGCCACUGGUCCCUCCCAGCAGACACAGUGCUGCAUUUUGGGGAAUGGUGGCAGACUGGGUCAGUGCUGGUUUGCUCUACGUACAGAGUCAAGUGCCCUAAGCCAGCUCUGUGUCUCUGCUGACCAGAGGUGCCCAGCCCAGUGACAAGUUGUUUUUCAGGUUACAGUUUGGAAAAUGUCCUUUCGUGCUUGUCAGAAAAAAAUCCCCCUCUACUUGAUUUUGAAAAAGCAAAAUCUAAAAAUAGCUAAAAAGUAUGUUAAUGCUGCCUUUCACAAUUCUUUAAUAUGACUCCUGAUUUUACUGCAAUGCCAUAUUGCCACAAUUCAAAUUGUCAUUCCUUCAGUGUUGCAUAAUAGAUGUUCUCUAGUUUUAGUCCUUCUUCUUUCUUUUCUUCUCUCUCUCUCUAUUUUUUUUUUUGGGGUUUGGUUUUGGACCACCCCUGGAGGUGCUGAGGGCCUGCUCCCAGCUGGGUGCUUGGGGGUUACUCCUGGUGGUGCUCAGGGGACCAUCAAUGACAGGGAUUGAACCUGGGCCUCCUGCAAGCAAAGUGUGUGCUCCACCCCACUGAGCUGUCUCUCUGGUCCUAUGAAUUUUACAGUUCAGGGUAAUGGAAUGAAUCAUUUCCAAAUUAAAAAAAAGUUUUGUUUUGUCUUUUUGUAUUUUAAUGCCACAGUGAGAAUAACUUUAAGGGUCCGGAGCUGUAGGUCAGCAGAAGGGCACAGGCCCUGGGUUUGAUUCCCAGUACCACUGGACAGGAAGAGGAGCAAUGGGGAAGCGAGUGAUUAAAAAUAACUUUCAAAGUAGGGGCCUGUUAUGGUCUGGGAUGUUUUAGUCUAUCAUGUCAUUUAUCCUAGUAAGAGUUUCUGAGAAGAUGACUGUCUAGAGUUGCCCACAUCCUGAAUAGAUACCCACGGAGUAUUGGUCCUGACCAGCAACCUGGGCAUCCAUCAGGGGGAAUAUGCUAAGAUGAAAAACAGGCCAAGCAUUCACUUGCAAGGGGAGAUGGAAUUCCCUGGUGUCAGUGCUUGUGAAUGCAGAAACUUCUGCGUCUUUGACAGUCAUUUAUUCAGAACAACCUCGUGGCCCCAAACAGAUUUUGAUUCGCUAACAUAGGAAGAAUUAAAAGGAUGAUCCUAAGGUAUCUGAAUCAAAGAUUGCUUCCCCCUUUAUAUUUUAACCAGAAAAGUGUGUUCCUAAGUCUGCCUUCCGCACCAGCUGUUCUUUGAACUAGGUCCUACCUAGGCCAGAGGCUACCCACUUGGCGUUGUUUUGCUCCAGACUCUUGCCACAUCUAAUCACCGGGAUCUCCUGACUAGUCCAGGACUGGGCAGGGGCCAGAGGGAACAAAGUUCACCUCCAGGAUGAACAUGCUUAACUGUGGGUUCCCAAGUAAGCCAAAAGAGACGGCGAGACCUUUGUGUGAGGGGCCACGUUCCAAGUGGUCUUUACUUUGCUCUCUGCUGUGAGAAAUUGUGGUGUCAGACUAGAAUUUCCUCUGUCCUCUGCAGCAUCUUUGUAAGGCAGCAUGUCGGUUUCAUUUUUGAACGCCCCAUGGGGGAAUAACCUUAAUCGUUUUGCUGCUAGCUCUAGAAUCUUCCAGGAGGAAUUUGAAUUAGUAUGCUGUAUGUGAGCACUGAUGUGUGUAAAGUGACAGUUCUAACAGUCAGAUUGUGUGAACUUCAUCACUGAAAUAGAAAAUGAUUCUCUGGACUUUUUUUGGCAGCUUAAAUUUCCGGUUUUCCUUUUUUUAGGUAACCCAUAUGACUUGCGUGUUGUCCUUUUCCUCUCAGCACUGGUGCAAGUGACUGCCAUUGACAGUUAUUUUAGAACCUACGGCAAAUCACGGUUGUCUAACUUUCCCAGAGAAAGUGGCACUACUCUUGAUUCUUCCUUGGGUAGAGCCCUGGGAAUGAGACUUAUGGAUUCAUUUUCCAGUGUUUCUACAGUGCAAAAAUAAACGUAACCUUACUUUGAACCUGUGUGACUAGUAACAUACUUUGUUUUUUAACAAACAAUUAUGUGAGUGAGAAUGGCAUCUUGCUCUUUUGGCUUUGCUUUUUUUUGGGGGGGGGGGGAGGUCAAACCCAGAGAUGUUUAGGGGUUACUCCUGGCUCUGCACUCAGGAAUUACUCCUGGCAGUGCUUGGAGGACCAUAUGGGAUGCCAAGGAUUGAACCCAGGUCAUCUGCGUGCAAGGCAAAAGCCCUACCCGCUGUACUAUCACUCUGGCCCCGGUUUUUAAGCAGGGGCCCUGUGAUGCGUUCCUGUUUAGACUGGGAAGAGGAGUCCUUCUGUUAGUGACCCUUGCUUGCCUUUUAGUUGAAAAGGCUGGGCUCUCAGACUUUGAAAGUGGCAUAGGAACAGAUGGUCUAGGAAAAAUGGACAUGACAGCAGGAUUGUCAGUUCUGCCAUGGUCCAUUCGCAUUGCCUUAGAGAGUUGAUCUCCAUUCUGGUGAUGCUGUCAAUCAGAGGGUAGCCAGAGACGCCCAAGUCCCACCAAAGUCGGAGUCAGUAUUGCCAGCACACAGGCUGGUGGAGAUGGAAUCCCCUGGCAUGGGUCUAGCGGGGUCUUCUCUCAAGUAAUUGCUGUGGAUAAACUCACUUUUUUUUUUAAAUCAAAGCAGAUGUAAUUUAUCAUGAAUUCUAGAUUUCGAUAUUCUUGACAGGUCCUUUUUACUUCUAAAGAGUAAUUUCGUGACCAGGACCCUGUCAAUGAGUUCUUGGGGUGGCUAAGGCCACAUAGUCUGACCUUUCUGAACUUUGCAAGGUCAGGGAGUGCUGGAGUGUCAGUGUCUGAAUCACAGGUACCUUCUAGCUUGAAAAUGACUAAUUAAGACUGCCUGCAAUAUUAACAUUUUUGGCAGAUUAUUUUGUUUGAAAAAAAAUAUCAUCAGAGCAGCUGUUCAGGAAACAAAGAGCUGGCUGGCAGGGAUUUGUUCAUUCGGAGACGUGCCAAGAAAGCAGAAUUCAGUAUUGACCACCAAAUCCCAUCCUCUUUUCUUUUCUUUCCUUUUUAUUUUUUUAAGUAGCACUUUCUCUGGUGGUACCAUGAGGAACAGAGUAAAUAAUUACCUGGAUAGGGGCCAGAAACAGUACAAUGGGAAGGGCACUUGCCUUGCAUGCAGCUGACGUGAGUUUGGCCCCUGGCAUCCCAUAUGGUCCCCCAAGCACCAACAGGAGUGAUUCUUGAGUGCAGAGCUGGGGUGACCCCUGAGUACUGCUGGGUGCAGCCCCCAAACAAAAUAAAAAUGACCUGGUACACUCUGUCUACCUGCCUUACCUUUCUCACCCAGCUCACAGAUUAGAUUGAAGGAUGGCGAGAAGGAUGGGGGUCCUGCCCUGUGACUAAGCCGAAGUAGGUAUUCUUUAGCCAAGCCCUGUUGGAGUUUGCUUCCUGCAGGCCUGGGAUACAAAGGGCCGAUUUCAUCCUUUCUCAGGAACCCCGGGACACCAUCACUCCAGCUACUGAAGUACGUUGAGUACGAGUAGAAAAGAGGCCAGAGGAAGGCGACUUACAAAGAGCCAAAACCUUGCUUUCUCUUUCAGGCAGUCUCACUGAGCAUGAGCCUGUCCAGGGGUGCCGUGAUCAUAGGCAUGAUGGAGUGUUUCUGUGCUCUGGCUGUGUGUGGUGUGGAGACUCACUUGCCUCUUCUGUGCCUGUGGUGUGUGAGAGAUACUCUUGUAUAUAUGCAGUCAACUCUUCCUUCAGUUACCAGUGACAUGCUCAGCCCUCAUUCGGCUCUUCAUGCUGAUUUCGCCUGCGUGUAGCCCCGAACUCUCAAGUCUCUCCCUGGGCUGGAGCCAGUGUUUCUUCCAUUCAGUUCAUCUCAGUUCCCCAGAAAGUCUCUGAAAGCAGUCACUUGCCAUCUCCCUUGCGUCCAGGGGUUGUAUGAGCCAAAAAGGUUCCAAGAAACUUGGCCCAUCCUCCGGGCCUGGUCUGAAGCUUGAUGGGCCCCAUUCCUGCUACGCUGUGGGACACUUGUGCUCUGGGGCUUGGCUCAGGGCUUGGGGUUCCAACUCUUACAAAAACUGGGUUUCACAGCUUGUUUUAAGUCUCACUAGAAUGUGGGAAAUGCCGUGAGGUCUGCACGGAGCACAGUUCUAGUUGCACACUCUUGGUCACGGCACUGUUUCAUCACCAGCCCCAAGAAUCAAGGCCUGACUGUUCUUGCUAUGGGAUUUAUGUUUAUUUCUGCUGCAGUGAAUCCCUAAAGUCAUGCAGUGGGUUUCAAUUUCAAACUGUUUCAUUCUAUUAUUGGUAACUAUUUAUUGUAAUAAAAGUAAAGAGUAAAUGAUUUUUCAAUCCUU